CCUUCUCAAAUAUUUCAACUCCGUUUCAGUCUCAACACCGCCUUCUGACACCCCAAAAAUUGCGAAAAACCUACCUCCGAUUUUCAUAUUAUUCGACAGGAAAGCCCCGAUUCAACGAAGAUGCUUUUCUCGUCGCUCAUCUCCAGUCAGAUUCGGUUCUUGCUUCAUGGCUUGAACGAUUCCAACUUCGAUUCCGUGGUUCGCGAGCUCUGUCAGUUUAUUGAAUAUGGAUAUGAGGCAAGUAUUUUGUUGCUCCAGACAUGCUUGGAUCACAUGAAUUUUCAUGGGGGAGACAUGAAUGACAUGCAACUCAAACCUGAUGUACUAGCUGCAAUCUUUAGAUAUUUAUUGGAUAAGCCAAAUUUCAGUACCGUGCUUUGUGAAGCAUUAAGAAGCUCAGUUAUUGGUGAAGGAUUUCUUGGAGAGUUCUGUAAUGUGUUGCAGUUUUCAGUGUCUGAGAAAAUUGGCCUUGGUCUUGCUUUGGCAGACUCAGAGAAUGGUGAUGUUAGAACAAGUGGGCAAAAUUUCUGCAUGCGUCAGAUUGAGAAAUUGUGUGGUAAUCCUGCUUCUAUUGAUUCUCAUGAGAAAAUUCAGAAAAUUAUUAUGUUCCUAUAUCAGUCAGAGGGCCUUUCCAAGCAUGUAGACUCAUUCAUGCAAAUGCUGUCUUUGAUGGAGUUUAAAGAAAGGCCACCAUUUAUAUUAGCUCCAUUACUUUCAGAUGAUUUACAUGAGGACAGUUUUUCAAGGAAUUUGGAUUUGUUCUAUGAUUUCAGCGAAAAUGAGUUUGAUAGUAUUCUAGCAGAAAUGGAAAAUGACACAAGUAUGGCUGAUAUUAUGAGGGAACUUGGUUAUGGAUGCACGCUUAGUACUUCUCAUUGUAAAGAGGUCUUAUCUCUUUUCUUGCCUCUCUCUGAAGUCACUCUCUCAAGAAUACUUAGCACAAUUGCCCGCACGCAUGCUGGCCUUGAGGAUAAUCAAAAUUCGUAUUCAACAUUCUGCUCUGCUAUUGGUAGCGGCGCCUUAUCUGAUUCUUCAUGCUUGAGCUGUUGGAAUGUUGAUGUCCUUGUAGAUUCCAUUAAGCAACUUGCUCCUGGAAUCAAUUGGACUCUUGUAAUGGAAAAUCUAGACCAUGAAGGCUUCUACUUUCCCAAUGAGGGGGCCUUUUCUUUUUUCAUGUCCAUUUAUGCCUGUGCAUGUCAGGAUCCCUUUCCACUCCAUGCCGUAUGUGGGUCUGUCUGGAAUAAUGUUGACGGCCAGAUCUCUUUUCUAAGAUAUGCUGUAGCAGCCCCACCAGAAACAUUUACCUUUGCACAUUCUAUUAGGAAACUGGCAUAUACCGAUGCACUGCAUGGUCAGGAGCUUCCGCAUGGGCAGGCAAACCAAGCAUGGUUAUCUCUUGAUCUUUUAGAUGUGUUGUGUCAACUAGCUGAGAGAGGCCAUGCUGGUUCAGUGCGACUGAUGCUUGAGUUUCCUCUUAAACACUGCCCUGAAAUUCUACUUCUUGGGAUUGCACAAAUUAAUACUGCCUAUAAUCUUAUCCAGCGUGAGGUAUCUUCCACUGUUUUCCCCAUGAUUAUUGGAAAUGUCAUGGGAAGUGGUGUUAUUCUUCACCUUUGGCACUCUAAUCCCAAACUUGUAGUGCAUGGAUUCUUGGAUUUUAUUAAAAGUGAUCAAGGGAACAUGGUUACAAUUUUGGAUCUUUGCCAAGAGCUAAAGAUUCUAUCAUCUGUGUUGGAGCAGAUUCCAUUCCAUUUUAGCAUUCGGCUGGCUGCACUAGCUUCUCAGAAAGAAUAUGCAAGUCUCGAUAAAUGGUUGAAUGAUUGUCUAAGAACUCAUAAAGAUGUUUUCUUUGAGGAGUGUCUCAAGUUUUUGAAGGAGAUAACCUUUGAUGCAGCAGAUGAUGUCUCUGCCAAUUCAUUUCAACAUUCUGGUGCUGGAAUGAAUAUAAAUGAGGAGACAAGUUCAAUCUUUUGGAAGGUCCUCCAAGCUAAUACUGAUCAGAUUGCCUCUAAACAGCUCUCUGAGGAGUUGAAAAGUUUGCAUAGAGCAUCUAUGCAUGUUAGUCCUAGGCUGCAGAAUGUUGGGGCUUCAGAUUCAUCGACAUCUGAUGUUUACACGAAUGAUAUAGAGGCUGAGGCAAACUCUUAUUUCCACCAAAUAUUUUCUGGUCAGCUGACCAUUGAUUCAAUGAUUCAAAUGCUUGCACGUUUCAAGGAAUCUUCAGACAGAAGGGAACAAUCAAUAUUUGAGUGUAUGAUACAAAACCUAUUUGAGGAGUACAGGUUCUUCCCUAGGUAUCCAGAAAAGCAGCUUAAGAUUGCGGCUGGUCUAUUUGGUUCUCUGAUAAAGCACCAGCUUGUGACUCAUCUCACGCUUGGUAUUGCUCUUCGUGGAGUGUUGGAUGCAUUGCGCAAACCAACAGAUUCAAAAAUAUUCACUUUUGGAACAAAGGCUUUGGAGCAGUUUCUGGACCGGCUUAUAGAGUGGCCACAAUAUUGCUAUCAUAUUUUGCAAAUAUCUCAUUUACGUGGUACUCAUCCAGAGCUUGUUGCAUUUAUUGAACGAGCUCUUGCUAGGACUUCGUCUAGUCACUCUGAAUCAAAUGGGGGCAACAAUUCUUCAACUGAUCCCCAUAGUGGUUCUGCUCCAGCUACUUUGGAAAAUGUGGAGGUGCCUGAUUCAUCAUGGCAACUUUUAGGAUCUAGGACCACACAGCCUGGACAGCAGACCUUAUCUCCACUACCAGCACAACAAAGACAUCAAGGGUUUCUUGGUGACAGGCAUAAAACAUCUGCAUCUUUGAUUAAUUAUGGGAGACCAAUUCUACCUCCCACUGGUCAUGCUUCAAACGUUUCCACAAGUGAUGCACUUGGCAGUCAAAAGUUGGUUGUCUCUCAGUCCUUGCAAACAGUGUCGUCACAGACUGCUACUGGUGUUUCUGCAGCCGUGUCUUCCUCAACUGGUUUACUUCAUCCUUCCCGAAGCAUUGCAUCAACUAGCAUGCUUAGACAACCUUCAUAUAAUACAGGGUUUGGUUCUGCUUUGAACAUUGAAACGCUUGUUGCGGCAGCGGAGAGAAGAGAUACACAUAUAGAGGCUCCUACAUCCGAAGUUCAGGACAAGAUAUCAUUUUUGAUUAAUAAUAUUGCGUCUGCAAAUAUUGAAGCUAAAGCAAAGGAAUUCACUGAGAUUUUAGAUGAGCAGUACUAUCCAUGGUUUGCCCGGUACAUGGUGAUGAAAAGAGCAAGCAUUGAGCCCAACUUCCAUGACUCAUACUUGAAGUUUUUGGACAAAGUUAAUUCAAAGACAUUGAAUAAGGAGAUUGUAAAAGCUGCUUAUGAGAAUUGCAAGGUUCUUUUGAGAUCCGAGCUUAUAAAAUCAAGUUCUGAAGAACGCUCUUUGCUAAAAAAUCUGGGAAGUUGGCUUGGAAAGUUUACCAUAGGCAGAAAUCAAGUACUCAGGGCUCGAGAAAUAGAUCCCAAGUCUUUGAUAAUAGAGGCAUAUGAGAAGGGCCUGAUGAUUGCUGUGGUCCCAUUUACCUCGAAGAUUUUGGAACCUUGCCAAAGCAGUCUUGCCUAUCGGCCUCCCAAUCCUUGGACCAUGGCAAUUCUUGGUUUACUUGUUGAGAUUUAUGCAUUGCCAAAUCUUAAAAUGAAUCUUAAGUUUGACAUUGAGGUCCUGUUUAAGAACCUUGGUGUGGAUAUGAAGGAAGUAAAGCCGACUUCUCUUCUCAAAGAUCGAGUUCGGGAAAUAGAAGGAAACCCUGAUUUUUCUAAUAAAGAUGUUGGGGCAUCUCAGCCACAAAUGGUUUCUGAUAUUAACCCUGGAAUCAUGUCCACAUUGAGUCAAGUUGAGCUACAGCCUGAUAUUGUUAAUUCAUCUCAUCCCGGUGGCCACUUAAAUGUAAUGACUCAGGUUUGUAACAUUGGUUUUGUUUACUUGGUUCUGAGCAGUUGCUUUUUCCUUUAA